UCUACUUGGGCUCAAGACAGAGAGCCCUUUGAACAAUUCCGUGUCCAAGAAAAGGUGGAAAGUAAAGAAAGAAAAGCAAUUGCAGAGGACCCAGAAGAUUCUGAGAGGCAGAAGGCGAUGACGCUAACGAGUUUCAAUGGAGCAGGUGUCGGAUUUGGAUUCGGAGUUGGCUGUGGCUUUGGAUUUGGGUGGGGCUUCGGAGGCAUGCCUUUGAACAUUUUGGGACUUGGUGCAGGUGGUGGUUGUGGUAUCGGGAUAGGGCUUGGCUGGGGAUUCGGCUCGGGAUUUGGUAGUCAGUACCACAAUUCUAGAGUAGUAUUCCAAGGCAUAGAAUUCGAAAGCAAAAGUAGUGAAGAGAAAGAUUCCGAAAACUUGUUAAAGAACACUCAGAAAAUCAAGUAAACUGUCUUCUAACCUUCGUCUGUGAACCUGACAGAAUCUAGAAUUUUGAGAAUACAACUUGUAGUUUGUCAGUUGUUAGUGAGUAUGACAAUGUUUGUGCGCUUGUUGUUUCGAACUCCCAUAGAUUGUUUCGGUGGUUGGAAAGAUAUUCUACCUUGCAGAAUUAUGCUGUUGAAUUUUGCAUGAUCUUA